UCAAUUAUAUCCAAUAAACAUCACAACAUCGUUACUGCGGUUCCAUAAAUUGACGGAAGUAAAAUUAUGUUUGACGGCAUUUUUCCAAGCAUGGCUUCUUCUCGAGUCCCUGUUCAUCCCAGCCAAGAGACUGAUGAGCAACAAAAACUUCGUUUCCAAGUGGAGAUGGAAUUUGUCCAGUGUCUUGCAAAUCCCAAUUACUUAAAUUUCCUUGCCCAAAGAAACUAUUUCAAAGAUCCAUCAUUUGUGAACUAUUUAAAAUACCUUCAGUAUUGGAAAGAAGCAAAGUAUGCAAAAUACCUCAAGUAUCCACAGUGUCUGCACUUCCUGGAGCUGUUGCAGUAUGAACAUUUUCGUAAAGAACUGGUGAACUUGCAGUGUGCAAAGUUUAUCGACGACCAACAACUGCUGCACUGGCAGCACUACCAGCGCAAAAGAAUGGCACUGCUGCAGGCGCAGUCUGAAUUGGCAACAUCUCAGCAGCAACAACAACAGCAACAACAGCAGCUUCAGCAGACAGGUGCAACUGGUGGUGGCCCUGGUGGGGUGGGAAUUCAGUCUGUACAAGGAGGUGGUGUAGGUGCUGGUGUCACCACUGGCUCCCAACCACAGCAGAUGGGUGGUGCUGCAGCAGUUUCAUGCCAGCCAACCCUCACCACACAGACUGGUUCAUUACAACAAAUCACUCAGAAAGACAAAUGAAUUGAAUCAUUAAAAAUAUUUUUUUUUCCUUCGCCUUCA